AUGAAUAACAACAUAGAUUCAUCGGCUGCCCUGUCGGAGCACAAAGAGAAAGACAUCGAUUCGGAUACUCCAGGCACGCCGCCAGCCCGUGUCGAGGAUGUGGAGAAGAUCGGCACCUCUGCUGCUGUGGAUAAGGAGACAGAGAGAAGGCUGUUGAAGAAGCUAGACAUUCGCAUCAUUCCCAUGGUGUGCUGGAUCUAUCUGAUGAACUUUAUGGACCGAGUGAACAUUGGCAAUGCAAAGCUGUACGGGCUCGAGGAUGAUCUUGGCAUGUCUGGCAACCAGUACCAGCUUGCUGUGUCGCUACUCUUUGUUACCUAUGUUGUAACAUUCAAGAUUUUUGAGACACCUUCGAACAUGAUCAUCAAAAGGCUUCAGCCAGCGCGAUACCUUGCCGGACUCGUUUUCUGUUGGGGCAUGGUUGCUACCUUCAGCGCCUUUGUCAACAAUUUCGCCGCACUCGUGGCUUGCAGACUCCUCCUCGGUAUUUUCGAGGCUGGUCUUUUCCCAGGUGUCAUUCUGUACCUCUCAAUGUGUACGUGCUUCGCAAUGACCCUUUACAACAAGCGCAAUCUGGCCUUGCGUCAGGCCUACUUCUACGGUACCAGUGCCAUUUCUGGCGCUCUGGGUGGUCUUAUGGAGCUGCUGGAUGGUCUGGAUGGCGAUGGAUUCUACUAUCUGAAAGUGUUUGCUGACACUGCAUGCAGUAUCCUCAUCAACGGUAUCCCUACCAUUCUCACCGCGGUCGUCACACCUUUCGUGCUUCCCAACAGCCCCGAGACUGCCAAGUUCCUCACUGAAGAAGAUCGCCGAAACCUGGUGACACUCCGAAUGUCUGAAAUUGGCCAAACAAAAUCUGGACAGCAGAUGAACAAGAAGGACGUCAUGGAUGGAGUCAGGGACUGGAAGACAUAUGCUUAUGCUAUCAGCCAAUUUGUCGGCUUGGGCAUGCUGUACAGCUUCAGCGUGUUUUUGCCGACUAUCAUCGAUGGUAUGGGUGGCGGAUGGAGCCGCCAAGUCGUCCAAGCACUCACAAUUCCCGUGUACUUUGCCGGUUUCGCUUCCUACAUCGUAUGCGCCUGGUACGGUGAUAAGAUCCAACAGAAAGGCAUCUUCUGCAUCGGCGGUUUAGCAGUCAGUAUGCUGGGAUACAUCUUCCUCAUUAUCAAUAAGGGUUUAAUCCUGAGCUACUGCGGUACCUUUAUCGUCGCUUUGGGCCUGUGGGUAUCUACGGGAGCCGCAUUCACCUGGAUCAAUAACAAUAACCCUCGCUAUGGCAAGCGUGCAUUCGCCUCCGGCAUGCAAAUAACGAUCGGCAACAUCUCUGGUGUAGUCUCACCCUUCCUGUACUCUUCCAACACUGCGCCUGAGUACCUACCCGGAUAUGGCGCAACCAUCGGACUCUUGGCUGUUGGAAUCAUGCUCUACACUGCACUUCAUUUCUACUUCCGCAUGCAGAACAAGAAGAAGCGCGAGGGCAAGUUCGACUACCUGAUGGAGGGCAAGACUGAAGAGGAGAUUGCGGAGAUGGGAGAGAACAACCCGAGAUACAUGUACACGAUUUGA